CGAUUAAUUUGCAAAUCGGCAGGUGCUUUUGCGGUGCCAAUGCCUGCUGCUCGGGUCCUGACAAUCACAAAUGUAAUUUAGCGUACCUCCCUGCACAUUACUGCUCUAAUUGUAGAUGGGACUUAAGCCCUUAAAAUAACAUUCUUCAUACACUUCUGGCAGUGCCACGAGUUAAUGUGUUGCUGUUGUCUGUGGUGACGACUGAUAUAGAGGUUCUGCAGGACAGGGUGCAUGCUUCCUGUUUCUCAGAUGUGAACCUCACUAUCUGAUGAAUAAGACAAAACACAGGAGACAUGCCAUGAGCAGCAGCAAGGGUGCUUUCCAGGAGAAAUUAACUCUGCAGCUCAAAACAGUACUGCAAGGAAUUCCAUGACCUUUCAAGAUUUUACUGAAUGAUGGAGAGCCUGAGUCUGCAAGCAGUAACCCUCACAGAUGGUUCUACAGCCUACAUCCAACAUACAUUGAAAGAUGCAAAGUUGGUUGAGGGCCAAACUAUUCAGCUGGAGGAUGGCACAACAGCCUACAUCCAACAAGUUACGGUGCAAAAAGGUGACUCACUCUCAUUUGAAGAUGGGCAGGCUGUGCAGCUUGAAGAUGGCAGCACUGCAUACAUCCAUCACACCCCUAAAGAUGAAUUUGACCCAGAUGCAGUACAAGCCGUACAACUAGAGGAUGGCACAACAGCUUUUAUUCACCACCCAGUAUCCAUGCAUGGCCCCAACACUAUCUUGGCCGUGCAGACUGAAGCGGGUUUAGAAGCUCUGCAUGCGACAGCUGAUGACGCUGUUGAUCAGGAGACCAUCAGUGCACUCGAACAUUAUGCCAACAAGGUAUCUGAGGAAGAUGAAGGAGUCAGUAGUACCACUGGAUUGCCCUCUGAUGUGAACAAGGACAAACCUAUGCAGCAGUUGGUGAUUGAUGGUGAAGUUCGUGUCGGUGCUAAAGUCCAACAAAUGGGGGAGAAGGCAUUCCGUUGUGCGUUUGACGGCUGUGGGCGUCUUUACACAACUGCACAUCAUUUAAAGGUUCAUGAACGGGCACAUACAGGAGACCGGCCGUACCGAUGUGAACAGCCAGACUGUGGAAAAGCAUUUGCUACAGGUUAUGGAUUGAAAAGUCACACCAGAACACACACAGGAGAAAAACCAUAUAAAUGUCCUGAAGACACGUGUAAUAAAGCAUUCAAGACGUCAGGAGACUUGCAAAAACAUAUUAGAACUCACACAGGUGAACGGCCUUUCAAAUGCCCAUUUGAGGGCUGUGGCCGUUCUUUUACCACUUCCAAUAUACGUAAAGUUCACAUCAGAACACAUACAGGAGAAAGGCCGUAUAUCUGCCGUGAGCCAGGCUGUGGUCGAGGUUUUGCUAGUGCUACUAAUUACAAGAAUCACAUGAGAAUUCAUACAGGAGAGAAGCCGUAUGUCUGUACAGUACCAGGUUGUGGGAAAUGUUUCACAGAAUACUCUAGCCUGUAUAAACACCAUGUGGUCCACACACAUUCCAAGCCGUAUAACUGCAACCAUUGUGGAAAGACAUACCGGCAAACUUCCACGUUAGCUACGCAUAAACGUACUGCACACGGUGACAUGGAAGCCACGGAGGAAAGUGAGCAGGCCUUGUUUGAACAGCAACAACAGCAGCAAGCUGCUGUUGAACCCACAUUGAAAAGGUCACGUAUUGCAUACCUCUCAGGGGUGGAAGGUGAUGGUGGAAUUCCCACCCAGGUUACCAUGGUAACCCAAGAUGGUCUGGGGUCUCAGGUAGCACUUAUAUCACAAGAUGGAACACAGCAGGUUAGUCUAUCGCAUGAAGAGUUGCAGGCUCUGGGAACAGCUAUCACCAUGGUAACUCAGGAUGGUACCACAAUUGCUGUACCCACACAUGAAGGUGACCUCACAGGAUCACCAGGUGCUCAUACAGUUACCAUGGUGACGGCAGAUGGUACUGAAGCACAGCAGGUUGCAAUAGUGACAUCGGACGGAAUGGUGACUGGGGACUCGGCUUUGGCAGCUCUUCACGCAGCAGAGGUGGUACAGCACCAUCAGCAGGUGGCAUUAGUAGCUACUGCCAAUGGCACCCAGAUAGCAGUGCAGCUGGAGGAACAGCAGACUUUGGAGGAAGCUAUUGGCCUGGCGACAGCUGCAAUUAAACGGGAAGGAAUGACACACAAUACAGUUAUGACAGAUAAUGGCCAAUAAAUGUGAGGACCAAGAAACAAAUGCCACUUGCAGGAAUGAAUGAACUGUGAUUUACUACCUAGUACUGUCCAGUAAAAUCCUGGGUGCCAAACAAACUACUCACAGACUAAAUCAGUCUAUUCUCAGGACUAAUAAUUUACUGUGUGUAUGUUGAUCUCAACUCAGGUGAUUUUACACAAUAUGGUAAUGGUUUUAUGAUCAAAAGGAAUUUUCGAGCUGCUGUGCUGAUCAGUAAGCUUGCAGAUUCACUUGUACAGUAUAAAGUAUAGUUUUAUUGACAUUUCCAUAGUUUUGCUUUUUAUUGAAGAUGAAAUGUUUACUGAAACUGGUGUAGGGUUGGUUUCUGUGCAGUCGGGACUAGCAUCGGGCUGGACCUAUUCAUGGCAAUCAGUGACGUUUUUGGAAUGUGUACGCUGCAUUUUGAAAUCUAAGACUAUACUAUAUGAAUCUGUAUAUGUGUAAAUGAAAAUAAAUUUCAAAAACUCUUUUGUUCCUUAUAAUAAUUUCAGUAUUAGAUUUUAAUCUCAUGCUACAUAGCAGGUAACGGGUUGUUAUUGGACGCAGAUUGAUGUUGGCUGUGAUCAGAUAUCCAUUGCUACAAGCUUUUAUUUAUUUACAUGAUAAUGUCAUGGUCCACACCAGUAUGUUAAUUCUGGCAAUAAUGUCAUGGGUUUGGUGAAUUAAAUGUUUCUUUGGGUUGCCUGAAAUGCACCCACUUAGUUGAUGUAUAAGCAGGAAACUGUUAAAUCAUCAACUGAGGUCAAAUGGUAAAAUAUAUGUGUAGGAAGGAAGUGCAGAUGCUGGUUUAAACCGAAGAUAGACACAAAAUGCUGGAGCAACUCAGCGGGACAGGCAGCAUCUCUGGAGAGAAGGAAUGGGUGACGUUACGGGUCGAGACCGAGGAAGGGUC